GGAGGGGGGAGAGGGCCUUUUCAAUCUUAGGGGUGCAGCCUAACAAAAAAGACCCCCCAAAUCCAGGCACAGUCACUCUCUGCUCUGGACCAAAUUUGUUCCCUGCAAAAGACUUCCUGUAGAUAGUGUCCACUCUUGUGACCCCCUCCUGAGUUCAGUACCCAUGGGGCCUCCUAGGGAGAUGAAGGUGGGUGCGGGGUUAGCAGGGUGGAGCAGGUAGGGAGGAGGAGCCUGCCAAGGGAGAAGCAGCUGUCUCAAUCUGAGUUCCAGGCUGGCCCUGGGCCCUGUGAGUCCUUCUCUCUCUGGGUCUUGGCCCCACCUCUAUCACUUCCAGCCCCCAGAUUCUUCUAUUGUGGGCACCCACCACCCUCAUGGGCACACACACAUUCCCUAUCCUCCCGCAGUGACUUCACAGCUCAAGAAUGCAGAGCCAGCUCACGGGACCCAGUGGUAGAAAGCAGAUCAAAGCCACAGAGUUGGUCAGGCUGCCCAGGUGCCCACUGCCUUCCUCCUGCCCCCCUUCCCCAGAUCCACCCCCCUCAGCCACCCCAGGGACCAGCUUGGAUGAAGAACCAUGGUUGCCAAUGGUCACACAGCUCUAGCUGGGAAGCAGACCCAUGACUUGAGCCUGGGGCAUCCAUCUGCAAGUGGCAGUCUGGCUCAAGGAUGUCAGGAAGGAGCCAGCUGGGGGAAGGGGGACAGUAAGGCUGCACCCUUGGAGGACUUCACCAAAGGCCUGGGCAGCACGGUCAUGAGAAGGAACUGGCAAGCAGGGGCUCUUGGAGAUAUCUUCAGGGGCUCAGAGGAGGGAGAAAGGACAGGACUUAGUCAAUCUUUAAGGCUACUUGGAGGAAGGAGUACAGAAGCAGAGAGGGCCAGGAAUAAUAAUUCACAAGGAUGAAGAAUAGCAAGAAUGAAUAAGCAUCUAGGGAGAGCUUGGGAGGAGCAAGAAGUGGACCGGGCCACCCUCCUGCAGGGCUGGCACAAGCCCUGGGCCACUCUGAGAAGGGACACGCCAAAGUCACCAGAGCAUCCCUGGCCAGUAGAGCCCCAACCAGGCAUGGACAGGAUGCUAAGCCCUGCCCGCUAUGGGAGAAGAAAUCCUCAGAUUUUCUGCGCUCAGCCAAUGAAGCUCAUCUGGCAUCUGGGCCUGGCAUGGGGUGCCUGCUCCCCGGCUGCAGCUGGCUGGUGAAACCCUGGUACAGGGCUUCCUUCCUCCAUGUGUUUUUGUUCAAGCUGAUUAAACCCAAGGAAUGUUUGUGUCCAGGAACAGACGCCACGUGCAUGCCCUUGGCUGCCUGUGGUUUUCAAAGCCUUGUAGGGCAAAAAGCUAAGCCCAGAGAAGGCCAGAAACAUCCCCAGGACAUCAGAAAUACUCCUUGGAUCCCCAAUGUCCAGAGUACCUGCAGGAGUUCAGCAAAUUUCCAGAACUUCAGUGUCACCCUCGGACCCCUCCAAAGCUUCCACAUGGUCCCCCAGGAACCCCCAGAACUGCAGAAACCCCACAGAACUGGUGUCACACUGCAGGACCUCAGCAACACUCAUGGGAUGCUGAGCCACUGGCGGUGAAUCAAGCCUGGGUCACAGCAAGAUGGCCCACAACCACAGUGAGCAGCCGACACUCAGCCAUACCUCAACCCCACAAUGUAGUAUGACACCCAGCAAGAAUCUGCCAGCCAGCAGCCGGACUAGGAGGACCAGACCUGUGUGCUUGCCUGAGGACCCUUGCAGCUGGUGGGGUCUUGCUAUGUAGGUCAGCCUGGCCCUGAGUUCACUAAGUGGCCCACGCUGGCCUCAAACUUGUGAUGAUCUUCCUGCCUCUGCCUCCUAAGAAUUCAACUCCUCCCAGAAUUACAGAAGAUAAGUAUUCUCAGGAACACAAAGACUUUGGAUCCAUUGCUAUAUUUCAAAUGCCUGAAACAGUGCUGCACACACGACUUCUGCAAGAAUGACGGGCAGCAUGAUGCCCAGCUACGUGUGGAAGCCUUGCAGCUGGGCAGAGCAGAGGGCCAGGAGUGCCAGCAGUGUGUGGGCCAGGCCAUCUUCCCCCAUCUACCCACAGCCUGAGCAGCCCCCCAUGAACCUCACAGCACAUGAGCAUGAGGACCUGUACCGCUACCAUGGUAGCCUAGCUCUGCUCCGGACCGGCCUAGACCCCACUGCCCGCCACUGAGGGAGCCUGACCCACAAGGUGGCCUUCCAUGUGCACCGGGGCCUAGGGUCCCUCCAGUCAGGACUUCUGUCACCUUAUCCAAAGCCCCAACUGCAGGUGGGUGCUCUUGGGGUCCCUGCUCAAUGCCAGGUGCCCCAGACCCAAGUUACAGGCUCUGUGACAAGCCUGGUGGUUCCAGCCCUUUAAGAAAUAAGGCAAUGUGGCUGCCCGGACUGAUUCCUUUCCUCUGGGAGGCUGCUAUCUGAGGAUUGCCUUGGGAGUCCUGGUCUAAAGUGACCCAAAAUUGGAAUACAGCACUCUGGGAGGUAGGAGGAUUACAAGUUUAAACCCAGCCUGGGCAAUUUAGUAACUCUGUGGAAGUUCCUGUCUUAAAAGAAAGAACAACACUCACUUAAAAGGGUUGGGUCAGUAGGUGCAGGCCCUGAGUUCAAUCCCUAGUACAGUACCAAGCUGGACAUGGUGGUGCAUGCCUGUAAUUCCAGCUUUCAAGAGGCUAAGGCAGGAGGAUCACUAUGAAUUCAAGGCCAGCUUGAGCUACAUAGUCAGAUGUCUCAAAAAACAAACAAAAGCUAAUAUCCCACUCCCCUCCAAAAAAAAGAAACAAAACUCCACAGAGCAGUGAUAGAUGUGGCAGGAAUAUUUUGGCUCAGGGACUGAGUGUCCCCUGUGACCCAUUAGUCCCCAACCUCAAUGGUGUUCAUCCUUACCAGAUUCCCAGGGAGGCUCUGAGUGACCACAGCACAGAUGUCUCUGCUGUGUGCCCACCCUCCAGCCCAUCCAGCCCCCACCAUGACCAGUAGGGGCUCAGCCCCAAACCAGCACCCUGGCAGCCUCAGGUAAGGGGCCAGUUCUCGUUGGACAUACAUGGGGAGGAGUGUCCCCACUGUGGCCAUGUUCUGCACUGUGGCAUGUUCUGGAGACCCCAAAGGCCUCACAGCCAAAGAGGAGAAGCAGGCCAAGCAUGUGAGGCUGAAGGAAUCGUGAUUCCGUUAGCAUCGACUUUCCUGGAGACCUCCAUGCACUAUAGGAACCCACAGCAGGGCCAGCCCCUAAACUAAGGGUGCUACUGGCCUAAACAUUUGCCACCCAAAAGCAGCGUGGGGGUGGGGCUCCUGAGGGACCUCUCUUUUUAGCAGGGCUCAAGUUUGGAGCUGAGAGGAGCCCAAGGAGGGAGAAAGCAAAAAGCAUAGGAAACAAAGGUACAGAGGCAAAAGAAGGCAGGGAAAGUAUUCUAACCAGGAAGAAAACCAAGAUGGCAAGCAGGGUACAAGCAGAGGGAGCAGGCGUCCUGUGCUAGGGACCCAGGGACGGCUCCUCUUCCGGGGCCCCCCAUUCUGUCUCCAUGGCCCACUUCAGCCUCUGUUCAUGCAUCUGGGUGCCUCUGUGAUAUGCUGGUCCUGCCAAGGACUCUGACUUCAGAGCCUGGCCCCUGACUUCUCUGUUCUACCAUUUAUCACAGGAAGCAGAGCUGGAGGACAAGCUGUCCCCUGCUCUGCAGGUCCUGGUUUAACGUGGUCAUUGGAGCUGCGCGUUUCAGGCUGCAGUUUGCAAAGUGUUCAGGGGAGGUGGGGGCUGCUGCAGGGAAGGGGUUGGCGAGAUGACUACAGCAGCAGCCCAGCAGCUCUAAUUUCUGUUAUUUAAAGCCAUCAUCUCUGCGCCAUACUCCUUGUUAAAGUGUCAGAUGUCUGCUUCUACUAAGACAAGAAAAUGGCUUUGGAGAGAGAAGGAAAUCGCCCCCUCCAGGGGGUCAGCAAUCAUAGCCCUGAGACGGAGCAGACAGUGAAGGAGCCUGAGAACAGGGCUGCACUUUUAGCCAGUGAACCCAGUAGGGCAGUUACGAUUCUGGGUCUGAUUUGGACCUGUGGCUAGCUCCUCUGGGAGGCAGAAUGACCCAGAACCACGGGAGCCCCUAAAACCAUCCUGCAUCUCUAACAGUUGAAGCUAUUCAAUUGAGAUCCUUACUCUAGACUCCCAAGUUGUUCUCUAAUUUGCCUUGUGUGUCAUUUUCCCUCCCAGAACUGAUGGCAGUCAUGGUGUGGCAGAUAGGGUGGUGGGAGGCAGGGAUGGGAGGUGCAAUGAUCAGUUUGCUCAGUAAUGAGCCAUGGUGGCAGAGACAGGGCACUGGUGUGACCAGGGCAGGGUUCUGUGUGCACUUCAAGACUGUCUUGGAAUCUGAAUGAUUUUUCUUCUCAUCCAUGACCCACAGAUUCCAUGGUCCUAGACGGAUGGCCUGACUAAUGCUGUCCCCAGAAUUCCCCAGGUCCCAGAGCCUCUGAAAACAGAACUACCCAUCACUCUAAGCAGAUCUUUGGGGAUGGUGGUUAGGAAGGUUCCCAGCGUGCACAGUCACAGCGUGUGGAAUGGAGUUCACUCCCUACACCCUGAGAUGCCCUCUUAGCAGUACUGGGACAGGGGCAGAUGGGAAGGAGAGCAGACUGUCUGGCACUGGACGAGAAGAAAAGAAAGGUGCAGGGCAAAGCCCCAGAGGUUGACCUGCUGUCCUCUGAGGACAAAUCAUACUUCUUAGAGGCCUUGAGGCUCCCAGGCCUCCCUGUCCCCCUCCUAAAGAUCCCCAAAAGGUCAAGAACAACCUCCCCCUGGCAGGGCUAUAAGAGGCUGGAAACCUCCAGGGGUGAAAUUGCUGGAAAAUAUGAACACGUUCCCGCUCCCGGCUCUGGGAGCCAUCCCGGGGUUCCCUCCCACACAGCUCAAGGCUGGGAUCCCAGGAAGGAGAGGGAGGAGGAGGAGGGUGUGGUGCCCCCACCACCUUUUCCAAACAAUUGCAGUUUUGUUUCUUGCAAAGGAUUCAGUUUCCCAGGAGCUUUUCAAAUGGUGCUUUUAAGAUUUUUUUAAAAUUCCUUCCAUUUAAAACACCUUUUUUUCUUCUUGCCCUGGAGGGGGAAAGAAAGAGAGAAGGAAAAGCUAAUAAAGUAAUCAUCGAAUAUGGAGCACCUGGCUCUAAGCCCAUGGCUUCUGAUGGUGGGUUUGGCCCUGCCAGGCUGGGGGCUUUUAUUAAGAACAACUGAAAGGGAGCAGUGAGCGGUCAGGUCAGGAGCUGUUAGUGGCUUGCCUGGUGUCCCCUCUGCCCUCUGUCCCUAGACCUCUGUGCUCCCGCUCCCCUCUCUCUUUCGGCCCCUCUGUAGCCUCCUAAUGUAGGCUGGAGCUCGGGGUAGCAGGCAUGCUGGGUCUUCAGGCCAGAGCACUAAAGAGUCUCCACUCCCCUCUGCCCUGCUUUUAAAUUCAUUACGCCUUUUAUUGCUGGCUAUUGCAUACGCUAUUUCUAUUGCCCUGGAGACUGGAGUGGUUCAAGCGGGGAGAAGCACACAAUUUGGAUUUCAUUAACUUCACUCUUUACCGCCUGUCGAAUCCCAGGGGGCUCGGCCUAUGGAGAGCUGGGCUCCUCGUGGUCCAUGCCCCGUCCUCUGGGUGCCAGCCCUCAGCACACCGAGCUUCUCUAGUCUCAGCCACUCUCUGCCCCAGUCCUAGGGGAAGGGGAUGCAGGAUUGCUCCAGAAAUGUCACAGGUGUGGAGAUUGGGACUCCUGGAAGGCAAUACAUGGGCUGCUACUCUCCUAAGCAGUGGAAUGGGAGGAAGGUAAGACCUGGCUAGACCAGGCUGACAACCCUUCUGUGUCUUUCCCACCUCCAUCAAACUCAAGACCUGCAGCCAGGCAGCUCCUCCUUGCAAAUGAGGCAGCUUUAUGGGCUGAAGAAAAACACAGCAAUUGUUCCCUCAAUUACCCCGGAGCAGAUUGAAUAUAUUAAUCUCUCCCUUAACUCGAGUUAGAGACUCGGCUGCUGCCCCUCCCCCAGCCGCACGUGCCUGGAUCUGACUCCCAGCCCCCAUCCUCCCAGGCCUUGAGCCCAAACAGGUCACACUGGGUCCAGGCAACAGCUUCUCCUGUGGCCAUGACCACCGCUGACACACACACAUGCACACGCGCACACAUGCACGCACACGCACAUGCCCCAGACACAGAAGACAGCUGCUUUUCGCUUCUCUAUCAAUUUUCAUUGAUUUUUCUCUUCCCCACUAUUUGAAAUGAGCCUUUUCCUUGAGUAAACGCAAUCCUGCACCCCCUCCCACCACCCUGCACAGAAAGAGAUGGGAGGGGGACCGUGGGGGCUCCCCCUUUUACAGCGGUGACAACUGCCUCUAGCUUAAACACACUCUGCCCCAGGCAGCUGAGCCCCACUAAAAGCUACCUGAGGUUUCUCUUUGUAGCUCGAUUUUCUUUUAUUUCAAGGGAACAAAGGCACUGUCAAGGCGUUUGCAGAGAGUGCUGUCACCAUGCGGGAGGGGCGCAAUCCCAGCCUAGUGGCAGAGAGUAGAGGCUGGCCCUGUGGAGAGUGGGUGCUUUCAGCUUCCCUCAGAGGGAGACAGGGUAGAGUGUGGGGGUCCUGCAUGAGCCAUGAGGAAGCAAAAUGCGUAAGUGGAGGGGUCCCAUAUAUUCACGUCCUAGCCCUGGCUAGCUCCCCUCCUGCUUGAAGUCCCAGACUCUCUGAAUGCCUCUGGGCUUCUCUGAGGGUCUGGUUUAGAACUCAGUGAGCCAGGCACAGGGUUGUCCAGUGGAUCUGGGUACAGAUUAAGUUCUGGCUUUUAUUUAAUAGCUGCUUUACCUUGUACACCUUACAUUUCCCCUAGCCUCUACUUCCACAUCUGUGAAAUGGGUGUGUCUUCAGUACGGGGAAGAUCAAAUGAGCUGGCCUGUACUUAGCCUGCCCCACGGGUGCCCUAUGCACUCUUUGGUGUUCCAGUAAUGAGGGAGGUGGACUAGCUGGGUUGGGGUAGCAGGAGGGUCUUGGCCUCUGUCUCCGUACCUGGGGAGCAGAUUUGCUUCUUCUUACCCAGCCAGUCUCUUGAGGAAGGAGAGUAAUGAACUUGUGUGUGGCACUGUCUGUCCAGGCCAGCCUUGACUGAAUGCCAGUCUGGAAAGUGGCUCCAUUAGCAGAUUGUAGGAACAGAAUACACCAGAUGGCCCUGUGCCCCUCCCCCCUCCCAGCCAGGGACUCCCUGAUGCACACCUCCUGGGGCCUCUAUGUGUGAGGGGGGAUGGAGAGGAAGGGAGGCUGCCCAUGGCGUCCUCCUGGACCUACCUGGAACCCCCCUCUUGGACCCCCCCCCCAGCUCCAGUGGGGGGAUUGUAGGAAGGCUCCCAUUUCCAGAAUGAUCUGUGCUGGGGAAGGAGGUGGCUGCAGGUUAGGAGAGGCUGCUCUCCUGGUGCGGAGCCUCAGACCCACAAGGACAUACAAGCAUGAGCCCAUGAGCCCAUACACACAGGCCCAAAUGUCUCAGCACCCACGACUCAUCACAAAAACAAGCCCUCAGCAACAGCUGGGAAGCACAUAUCCUUCCAUGCUGCGCCAGCGUCUCCUGGGGACCCUCCUGGUUCAUGUCUGCAUAAAUCCCAAGUGCAGCCUCCACCGAAGGAGCAGGAAGAAUGGGUGAUGUGAGAUACAGCUCCCUGUGAAGCCUUCUUUACACAGCUCCACAGUGCAGGGCAGGCCUAGGGGAAGGAAGCUGACAGCCAUGGGCCCUGGCCCUGGAGAGGGACUGGGCUGAAGGGAGUCACCUAGGGCCCCAGAGUCAGGAACAGCUGAGGCCUCCUGGGAGCAACCUCCUUCCAGCAUGGAUGGUGGGUGUGCAUGAGAUGUUCUUCCUCCACGUGGAUCCAAGGCUUCUUGAGGGCUUCUGUGGUCACACUGGCUUAGCAUGGGUGGCCCAUCUGCCUGCCCCCUCCCUCCCUCCUUCCUUUCUUUCUUUCUUUCCUUCUUUCCUUCCUUCCUUCCUUUUACUCGUCCUCCUUUCCCUCUUUUCUUCCUCCCUCCCUCCCUUCCCUCAUUUCUUGUUUGUCCCUUCCCUCCUUCCCUCAUUUAUUCAUUCAUCUAUUCACUCUCCCAAGUGGGGAAUUAGUUACUGUCAGCUGGAACCUUAGGGAGCUGCCAGGCUGUGUAGAGGGAGAGAAUAGGAGCAGAAAAUGAUGCCUUUCAAAGCAAACUAUGGACAAAUGACUAGUCACCAAGGUCUGACCAUCUAUUUCCUAUAGGAAAUGGGUCUGACCAGGAGUCAGGAACUUUGGCGGAGAACCUCACUUCCCACUUGCAUCUGAGCAGAGAGCAGCAAUGACUCGGAGGAGCAGGUCCCUUUCCUCCUGGGUCCUGGAAUUUCUCAUGUGCUUGAGGACAGGGGAGCUGUGUGGCUGGUGAGGACGAGGAUGGGAGGUGCCUGGUGUGUUAAAGUCCAGCUCACAGAUGUCAGGAGAGGCUGAGGCCAUCACAGGGAUGGGUGGAGGUUCAGGAGGACAGGUUUCUAGCAGAGAAAGCAAUGGGGGCAAAGGGGUAGAGAAUGGAACAUGGGGAUGCAGGGGACAGCAAGUCAGCAAAGGCAGCAAAUCAGGACAUAGACUGAAGGUUUGCAAGGUGGGAAGAGGUAGAAAUGCCCAGGGAUGCAUGGGCGGUGCCAUCUCUGACAGCUCUGAGCACUCAGCAGUGAAGACUGCUCUGAGCCAUGCUGGCAAAGACAGGACUCUUAUGCCUCCGGGUCCCUGCAAGGCCCAUUGGAGCAUCAGUCCUAAGAGAUGGGCAGAGUACCUUUGGCAGUGCCCAUUUUGGGGUAGGAACUGAGCUCCUAGAGGAAUGGAUUGCCCAAGCACUCCUGGGAGUAAUCAGCAAGGCCAGGCUGGAAUCCAGGUCCUUAUACAGCAGUCAGCCAUUCUGAUAUCCAAUCAACACACAGUGGGGCAUGGCUCAGAGCAUCCCUUUCCAGGGACUCUCCAAUCAGCAUGAGGUAGGUGUGGCCUAGAGUAUUCCUUACUGGGGACUUUGCAAUCUGUUCCUUGCCCUUUUGAAUAGAGCUCUGAUGCUGGGCUUUCUGGGCUCUGUUACAGUACUGGGAAGUAUUUUGGGGGAGCAGAUUUCUUCCUGAUGGAAGGACCAUGAUGGACCCAUGUCACACCAAAACAGCCAAGACAGGGUAUGCAGUGUUCUACUGAGCCCAGCAACAAAUGCUCAUUGUGCAAGGUGGUUCCCAAGCGGGGCUGGGGUGGAGGUAGGGCUAUCAGUGGCCCUGGACCCAGGGCCAUCCCCAGACCCACCACCCAUCCCUAGGAAUGACAUUUAGAAAAAGCAUUACAUGCAUGUUGCAGCCCAGACAGAAGCUCUUACCCUAUCUGAGGAGGGACAGUGAGUUACCAUUGCCAAGAAGGUGCUCUGUCUUGUGGUGCGUGCUUCUGUGCAAGUCAUUUUGCAUCUCUGGCCCCGGUCUCCGCCUCUGUAGGAAGGGGUAAUGAUGUCUACUCAGCAACCUGCUUGUUGGGAUUCAUAUGCAAGCUGCACUGGAGUCCAGAAGGACUUCUUGGAGGAAAGGGGAUUCCAAAGACUCCCAGUCUGGAAAACCAACCCAGAUGCAAACCUCCACCCCUUGGGACCCACAGUGAGGUGUGGCAGACUCUUCCAUGCAGGAAAUGUGAGUUGAGUUCUGGUUCUGUGCCAGGCCUGGCCUCUCAAAGUUCUCAAGUCAACAGCACCAAUGGGAGGUCUUAGGCAGUUAUUAGGUAUAAGAGGGGACGCAGCUGGGCCUUCCCUGGGAGGAUAAAGAGGAGGGUGGCAGGACAGUUGUGUUAGUAUCUGGGGACCCCCUCAGCUACCACAAUCUGUAGGUGCUCAAGCUUGUCAUAUAAAAUGGUAUAGAAUUUGCAUAAAACUUAUACAUACCCUCCUGUAUGCUUUAAAAUCAUCUCCAGAUGAUUAAAUACCUAAUACUCUAUGCAAACAGCAAAUGCAAGGUAAAUAGUUGCUAUAUUCUAUUGUUCAGGGAGUAAUGACUGGGAAAGGUUGUGCAGGUUCAAUACAGGUAUAAUUGAUUCCCUCCCUCCUUCCUCUUCCCUUUCCUUUUCUUUCCUCCCUUCUCCUCCCUCCUUUUCUUCUUUCAGUGUUAAGGAUCAAACCCAGGGUCUCACACAUGAUAAGUGUAUAAUUACCUCUGCACUACACCCUCAGCCCCCAUUUUUCCCUGAAUCUUUGCAAUCCAAGGUUGCUGAAUACACAGACAGGUAACCCACAGAUCCUAAGGGCCAACUAUACCUGAGUCAGGAUGGAGGCAGGGAGGACAUUAGCACAAAGUUCGCUUAAAUCCCAUUCUGCCACCAUCCAGCCGUGGGAUUUAACCUCUCGGCACUUCCUUUGUUACUGGUGAUAACCAUCCUCCCCUGACAGGAGCACUGAACUGCAUAUCUAGUGCGUUUACAGAACGUGGCAAAUGCUCACAGCCCAUUAGCCUUGAUCGUUAGGCAGGUGAGUGGCAGCUUGCCAGGGACACAGAGCUGGGGGCUGCGGCACAGGCAGAUGGGCAGCUAGGGCCAUGACAUGGUAGCUCCCUUGGAGAACCUGGGGAUUCAGGGGAAGCGAUGGAUGGAGCAGGGGAGGGUCCAGCCUCAGCCCUGGGGACACCUCCACUUCCCCAGAAGGAAGUUUGCUCUGAGUCACAUUGGACAGGAUGCAGCUGAAACCCUCAGUGCAUAUGGGGGUGCAGACAUUAUUUGAAUUUUCCUCUUGAAGCAUAAUUGCUUUUUGUCGGCGGGCGUUCCUGGAGACACAUCCUUCCCCAGGAGAUUGCUUUCCAGGCUCCUCUCUCUUCCAGCAGACAGGAGGGCUGGGUCAGCUCCAAGCUGCAUUAAUACACUGCAAAUGCGAUUUCCUGGCUUCAAAUGAGAUUAGGGCCAGAGGCUCUGUUCUCUGGUAGAGAUGGCAGGCAGGCAGCCUGGACAGGGGUGACCAGCAGUGAGCUGGGAGUCUGAGAGAGAGAGAGAGAGAGAGCCCAGGCCCAGUUGGCCUGAAUAAGCAGAUUUCUGUAACUGGAGCCCUUCAGCCUGCUGAUUCAUUCCUUUCCAUGGAAUGGGUGCUCAGCGCUGGCUUACCUGACCCCAGGCUCCCCAUAAGUUAGCAGCUUCAGUAAGAAAGAAAGUUAGUACAGCUCAGCACCACGGGUCCCAAGCUGGUCUUAUCUGUUCCUGUUUCUGCCUUAGUCUUCUCAUCUACCUGCCACAGUAAUCGUCUUGUGCAGAGCAGUGAGGACUAACGUGUGAAAUGCUGUGCUUAGUACUAUUAGCCAUGAUGGUGAGGUACACCAUCUCCCUAGUAUGAGGAGGCCCUACGGGUUUGCAGCCCAGAGGGCAAAGGUUUGGGGAGCAGGCAGCAGACCCCCACAGUACAGUUUCAAGGGGAAGAAAACCAUCUACCACUGAUGUUAUCCAUUAUUCAUUCAGCAAGUACCCAACUAGUGCCUGGGAACACAAGGCCAACACCCAGGCACAGUCCCUGCUUUUAGGGGACAUAGACCCUGUGCCAGAGAAAUAAAGAAAUGUUCAUGAGCCAGUGGAGGGGGAGACCCCAAAGUUGUGGAUCCAAUGGACCUGGGUGAGGGUGGGGCCAGGGGGAAGGCUGUGUUAUUUGUGUCUUGAAGAAGCACUGUGAAGUACUCAGGCUGCUACAAAAGGGCCAGCAGGCAUAUGGAACGGUAAAUAUGAAGACCCGGGAGCUGGAGCAAUCCCUGCUCACAUAGUGUCAUGAGGCUGGAGCAUGGGCACGAGGUAGGCAUCAGUGAGCCAAGAUGGAGGCUUCUUGGGUGAGCAGACCUGGGGCCAAAGAAUUGAAGCCAUGGAAAGACUUGGCUGGACUUAUGUGCUGGAAGAGGGGACACAGAUUUGCUGAAGACUGAUGGAGUCUACUGCCCCUUGAGCGAACCUCAGAGACCUCAGUAGGAUGCCACUUCUGCCCUCUCCUGAUGGAAGGGAAGAGUGGGCAUCUUGUUGCUUACUUCUUUAUCCAGUCUCUUGUUAAUGAAUUAUUGACGUUUCAAAAAGCAAAAUGCCCCAAAGCCACGUUGCAUGUUCAGCAAAGUGACUUAUGAAUUGCUAACCCUAAGAGAAACCCUUCCAUCAGCAUCUAGCAAGGGUGGCUGCCAGGUAAACAGAACAGUGCUGGCCAACAAGAAUGUGACACCCUCUCACAGUCAUCCCCCAGGCCAUGCCACCAAGGCUGGGCUCUGGCGGGGAGGGGUAUCUGGACAUAAACUGGUGGGGAGGGGAGGGAAAGCUUAUUUGGGGAACAGCUAUACAUCUGUUCUCUUGUGUAACCCUCACCUCCCUGCUGCUUGCAGACCUGCAGGGUAGAUGAGGAAUCUGAGGCUCAAAUUGUCAAGUGACUGCCCAAGGACUUACUACUCACCAGCAGAGCCAGUGGAAGACACCUGCGCUGGUGGGAUUCCAAAGAGUCUACUUCGCUCACCACCCACUUCCUGUCUGCCUCUUUGGUGGUAUUAGCAGUUGUCUUAGCAGUCAGGGCCCACGAGAACCAAGGGCAGCAGGAACAAGGUCAGAAUAGAGUCUGUGACAAAACUAGGGCCCCAAUGGGUUUCGCCCACAGUCAUUUAGCCCAGGUCAUUGCUGCACGGUAAGAACCUGGGAGCACAAAAGGACCCCCAGAACCCCUGUGGCCCACGAAACUGGUGGGGCCCGGGACAACAGCCUGCAUCUUCAAUGUUACCUGGCACAGCACAAGGUCAUGACCCCACAGCUUUGGGACCCAAAUGAUCCAAUUGGGCUGUGUGGACCAGCCUCCUCCAGACCCCAGUUUUGUCCUUGCUUCCCUCCACCUCCCCAGCCAUGCCCACUGCACCUCCAGCACAAGCCACCUUGUUCCAUGGUGCCAGCAUCUAGGCUGCAUGGUCACAGAGCCAUCUGCCUGGCCUUAUUCAAAACAGGGGGCCUGGGGAUCAGCCCAGUGGUAAAGUGCUUGCCGAGCUCGUGCAAGACCCUGGAUUCCAUGCCAGGUAUGCAUGCAUGCAUGAGUGAAUGAAUAACAGGACCUGAUCUUGUCCAUGUGUGGCUUCAGUUUCUGGAGAGAAGAAAGGAAAUAUAACUGCUUUCUCCAGAAGGAAAGGAAAGACAGACUGACAUUUGGGUCUGCUGCUUCCUAGCUGAGUGUGACCUUGGGCAGUGCAUCCCUGUCCUGGGCUGCAACCCAAGUACAGCGGUUGCUCCUGGGUAAGAACGUGAGGCUCAAGUGAGCUGGCGAGAGUGUGACUGUAACAGGAUGUCUGGCAUGCAGUGAGUUCAAUGUGGCUUUGUGUAGGUGCUGGUGGUGAGCGUGGUGGUGGCGACACUAAGGGAUCAGGUGAGGGUCGAAGCCUACAGCGAGGGGCCUGGCAGGGGAAAGGUGUUCUUGCUUAGGGAAUUGAGGGGACUUCGACUGAGGGAAUAAAGACCUUUUACAAAGUUGAGGGUGAGGUUUAGGAGGAGCAAGAGGGAAAGCAUGCUCCCUGGGGGUAGGAACUGUGUGCAUCCCUCAAUGAAGGGCAAGAGGAGAGAACAGGCUGGGCGUGGCGGUGCCCGUCUGUAAUACCAGCAUUCUGGAGGCAGGGGAAUGGUGAGUAUGAGUCCAGCUCAGGCAACCUAGCAACUUAAACCAGAAGCCGGUGAGGUGGUCACAUGGGGUCAGCCUGCUGGGGUAGGAUCCAGAGCCUGUGUUUCCCACCUCACCCAAUGCAGUCAUCCAGUGUAAAGGGAGAGAAAUGGAGUGUAGUGGUUGUGGGGUGGGCAUGGACAUGAUCACGGGUGGAGGAAGGUCAAGCCCGAGAGAGAUGUUUCCUGGCACCUGAGCUUCCUGCCUGGGCUAUGGACUCCCAGGGUUGUCUCUUUCUUGGGGUCCAGGCCCAGGCUUGGCAGGAGAGAUAUGGACCACUAUGUCCACAGAAGCAUCAUCUUGCUGCCAAAUGGGCCCAGAGCAAAUCCAAGGAGGAAGCAAGAUCCCUCCUUCCCUGGCAUGCGGCCCCAGGGCCUUGUCCCUGCCUCAGCUGGGUUCCCUAAAGGUGCAGUUAACCUCAGUGCUCCCUCCUUAGGGGUGCUGGUGCCAGCAGGAUUACCAAUUAGCUGUGAGACUAAUCAUUACCCGAGAUCACACUGACUCAUCAGAGCUUUGAGCUGGACCCUGGGCAGGGCAACAAACAUUCCUUAGGACACUUGGGGAGCAGGCACAUUUCCCACCCCAAGGAGCCUGAGGGACAGAGAAAGAAGAGGGGGGAGGGGAACUGGGAUCACAAGGCCUUCUCACUGGGGUAGGGGAGGAUAAGGGAGGCACUGGAGCCAUGGUCUUUGGGCUCCUUGGUCCAAGGAGAUGGAUACAGUAAGACUUAGGGACAGAGUGGCUGCUGGUGGCUGCUAUAUAUGCAGGGCACCCGGAAGCCAGGCAGCGUGGAACCAGUGCCCAGCUGCAUUGCCUUCUUCCAGGGCAGGAAGCUCAGGUACCAGGCAGUACAACUGGGGGCACCCCAGCACUUUGGGAAUCGGGGGGUGUGACGGGGCAGGACCUGGGCUAUAGGCAGGCAGGCUGCCUGGUGAGGAAGCACUUACGUUGGGACUAGAGUGCUCACACAGCCUGGCAGCGAGUCCCCCUUAACUGCAGUUGGCUUUCUAGAGGCCCCAGAGGACCCCAGGCUUGGCUGGUUCCCAGCCCUCCUUUUCCAGCCCUGCCUACUUGUCCCCUCUCCAUCGAGCAGCCCCCCAGCUUCUUGUCUUGACCUUCCCACUUUGCCUAGCAUGCCACUAUGGCUUCUUUGCAAUCAUUUCUUUCAUCCUUGCUUCAUAGUCUAGAACCACUAUGCCCCGUACAUGGCCCUCUUUAAUUACAAUUUAUUUUGAAUAAUGUAGCCAUGCCUUGACCUAUAGAGGUUAUAUUCCAAGAUCGCCAGUAGGUGUCUGAAACUUCGUGUCACACCAAACUCUAUGUUUUUUCCUGUAUGUCCUAUGAAAAAGUUUAAUUUAUAAAUAAGUUACAGUUAGGAAUAACAACUAAUAAUAAAAUAUAAUGAUCAUAACAAUAGACUGUACUAAAAUUAAAGUUUACUUAAAACUUAUGAAUUGUUAUUUCUAGGGAUGCCCAUUUAAUAUUUUAACAUUGUGUGCCUUCAUCACCUCCCUCAUUGCUGGGACAAAAUACCCAAUAUCCACAGCUUAAAAGAGAAAAGACUUAUUUUGGCUUGCAUUUUACAAGUUUCAGUCUUUGUGUGUCUGGCUGGCUUCAAGCAGAAGCAUCAUGGCAGAGGGGCCUGGCGGAGGAGAGCUGCUCCCAGCAUGGUGGACACGAAGCAGAGGAGUGAGGAGCCAGGGAGAGAGAUGAACGUGUUCAGGCCACAUCCCCAGUGACUCACCCCUUCCCACCAGGCCCCACCUUCUAACAGUAAGCUAGUGAUGAGCCCCCAUAUUCAAUCACCCACCAAACAUCCAGCCUCUGAGCACAUGAGGCUCUUGAGGGCCAUCCAGAUAUAAACCUAAUCACUGGAGUUGACUCUGGGUUACCACCAACCAAAAGACACAAUCAGGAGGGACCACUCUGUGACAGACCCCCAUGAGCCCCCACCUAACCCAAAAGCAGAAUGUCACUAAUAAAUAUAUCCACUUAUGUGUUCUUUCCACAUUCUCUCCCCAGUCUUUUAGCCCACCCUCCAAGACUUGUGCGUUUGUCAUUAUUAAACACAAGGAAGACCAUAGGCACCCGGGGAGGGCGGAUGGCUUUGGUGCUUCAGCAGAAGUAGCUGUUUUAUAAACCAAGUUCCAACUGCCCUGAGGGCAAUUCUGGGUCCCCUCUCGGAAGUGGGAGCAGAGUAGGGAACAGCACACAGUGGAGUUGGUGAGGCCAUGGGUACCAAGGUGAGAAGGGUGCACAGAGGAUGCCAGGCAGCAGGCAGUAGUUCCAGGAAGACCAAGAAGGGCUUGAAUCCACCCUCUACUCCUCGCAGUGGCCUGUGUGAUGUCAACUAUGAUGUCACACAAUGUUGCUGGGCGACCCAGCUGGGCAGAAAAUCUUGCAUUUGCAGGUCUGGGCAGAGAGAAGCCAAACCUUCUCACCUGCCCAUCCUCCUUCCCAACUGGCAUGGCACAGAUCCCACAAGGCCCCUGACCCACUGAACCUUUCCUUGCUGAGAAAGGGUCCAGACACUGCCCCUCCCUACAUCCCCCUUUCCUUGGCCCGGCCCAGCGCUGCUGUACGACAGUCCUGAGACCACACUGAUACGGAGGUGGCCAGGCCAGCUGUUGGAGCAGGACUGAUGCCUGGCCACCCACCCACCCACACCAGACACUGGCCUUAGAGCUUGAUAGACAAGGCUAGAUGCACCUGCCCAGAGAGGAUGGGGCAGAAAAAGAGCAAGGUCACUGAGGACCCGGAGGACACCAUGAAUGCCCCCCAGAACAUGCCACCUGACGUCAGCCACCUGUCUUCCUCCAAUAAGGAAACCAUCGUGGUCACUGUGCAUGGCGAUGCACAGUGGUGGUGUCACGUGGUGGUGAAGACCAGAGCUGAGGAAGAUGACAAGCAGAGUUCCACGGCAGUCACCUCUGUGACCUUGAACCCCAUCUGGGGAGAUACAGUGCAAGUGGAAAUCCCUGUGGAGGAGGUGGAACGAGAAGAUGUGGUCCUCAAGGUGGUGGACAACAAAAACAAAGAGGAGCUCUUAUCUUAUGAGAUUCCUGUCAAGUAUUUGCGUGUCUUUCACCCCUACCAUUUUGAGCUGAGGAAGUCUGAGGUCCAUGACAAAGCCACUGCCAAGACCCAGCCGUAUGCAACCAUCGUUCGGAAAGGCAGCUUCAUCCCCCGCUACAUGGGCUGUGACCACGCGGCUUUGGAGGUCUUUCUCAGGGGAAUCAAUGAGCCCCUGGUCAACAACUCCAACCCCAUGGUGGUGAUUGCCCGGGUGGUUCCCAGCCUCAGGGAGUUUAAGGCCACCCAGGCCAGUGGGGACCCGGCCUCGAAAAGGCUGCCCUUCACACCCCGGUCCUUGCCUGUCUCAUCGGUGCUGAACUUCAGUGUGCCCCAGGCCAGCCAGGAUGGGUGUCCACAGCUCUCCAAGCCUGGGGGGUCCCCAGAGCUGCCAGUGUGGAACCAGUCUUUCCUUUUCCAAGGCGAGGAUGGCGCCACUGACUUCUCAGAGGACACACCCCUGGUGCUGGAAUACUACCCCUCCACUUCGGGCAGCGCACCAUGGACCCUCAGCCAGCCCCUGGGCAUCUCCGUGUUGCCCCUGAAGAACCAACUCUAUCAGAAGAUGCUCAAAGGGAAAAAGUUAAAUGGGCUACGCAUCGAGCGGCUUCCCAUCACCGACACCACCUCGAAAACCAUCAAUGGCGAGGCACCCACGGUGGACCUCUCCCUCCAGCUGCUUUCCUCUAAGAGACCAGAAAACUUCUUGACACCCAACAACAGCAAGACUCUGCCCACCCUGGACCUCAAGAUCCUAGAUAAGAAGCUGAGUCCCGUCCAUGAAUCCUGGUCCAACGCUACCGUGAGCUCAACAGACUCCAGUGUGUCCACCUCUCUGGAAUCAGAGGAAGAGCCCCAGGUGCCAGAGACAUCAUAUGACAUGAAAAUGAACAACUACCGGCGGGCCAUGCAGAGGAUGUCACCACGGGAACAGAUCAGCCUCUUGGAGGAGGAGAACCAGAUACUAAGGCACCUCCUGGUCGAGCGGGAGCUAGAAGGAAGCAGGUUCACUGGACCCCAGGAUCCGGCAAUGUCCAUGAGACAGAAGCUGCAGCGGCUGAUUAGGGUGCGCGAGCUGAAACUGAAGAUGCAGCGCAUGAAGAACGAGCUAAUUCGGAAGAAUGACCGAGAAAAGAAGUGGCUGGAACAGUAUCAGGCACAGCAGCCGAAGGCUGCCCUGAGACGGUUCCAGGUCCCGCUGCAGAAGAUGAAGGCGCUGGAGGACACCGCACGGCACCAUGAGAAGGUGCUAGAAAAGAUGGAGCAGGUGCUGGAGGACCGGCUGCUGCAGGAGAGAAAGGAGCACGCGCCCCCCAGCAGGCAGCUGGGAAAGCCGCACGCAGGAUCUCCUGGCCAGUACUACAGACAAGUUUAACCUCAUGGCCAAGCUGGAGCAGGCUCAGAGCCGUAUAAAAGCCAGAAUACCUUGAUGAACCAUGCCAACAACCUCAAACAGCCCUCAAAGCAGGAAGUCUUGCUGCCCGACUCAGACCCCAAGCCCAAACAGCCUUCAGACACCCAGCUGGAGCCCUCCAGCUCCCAGCAGACCUGAGCCCUGCACAGGCCUCCUCCUUCUCUGUGCACCUGGCAGCAUCACCCCAGCCCCUAAAGAUGACUUUAUUAAAUGCUGAAGCUGA